GAUAGAGCAAAGGGAUGUAUCAUAGGGAUUAGAUUUUCAGGUACUAUCAAUACUUGUAUGUCACUCACAGUCCUGCAAUGAUCCUUCUUUCGAAGGAAGCUUGUUUUGUCAUGCAGAUAUAUAUGCACAUAUUAAACAAUACUAUGUUGAACUACAGUGUCUGUUCCGGUCUGCACCAUCUGAAUAUCAUACCAACUUGUAUGCAUGGAAACGUGGAAACAUGAAAUAUUUGAAGCAGGUCUGUGAUGCCUUUCACGUUGCAGACAGUUGCACGCACAACAUUAUUAACCAUGACCUUCUCAUUAAUCAACAAGAGUUCACUAAACUCUAGUAAAGCCGGUUCUACCAUCUCCAGAGAUACAUUAUAUAAACUGACCGCAAAGCUGAAUCCACAUACAACUUUGCUUCAAUCCUACUCAAAAGAGUGCUUGAUGUCACAAAUCGAUAUCACCGCUCCAAGCUGGACUGAAGCCGCAACAGCUGCAUUGCAACCACUUGACAAUGAACCAUCAAUAACCUUCUAUGGAGGAAUAGAAUCACCAGCUGCAAAUACACCUCUUACCCUUGUGGUAAAGAACGAAGCAUUGGUAUUAAUAUCACGAUUCAUCUGUGUGUGCACUCCGUAGUAAGCUUCAAAUCCAGCUGUUCUGUAAAUGGUCCUUUGGUGUGGGAGAAUUAGUGCGAUGCUGACGUUGAUAAGCCAAUUGAAUGAAUAGGAAUUGGCUGUGGGAGAAUUAGUACGCCUGAAAUGGACAAGUGCGACACUAAUUCUCUCAUGGGAGAAUCAGUACACCUGAAAUGGAUAAGUGGAUAAAUUUAGGGCGCAAUGGGAGAAUUAGUGAGAGAAUUAGUACAC